AUGUCUAAUUGCAACUCAUCGAUUAUCGAUCCGCCUACUCUUUCGGGCGCUGUUAUCCUGCUAAUAUCUUCGCAGUUAGUGACAAAUUACAGCCGCCAGGUCACUCCAGUGUAUUAUCCCAAUCACGAUGGCUUAGAUGUCAAAAAUUCGAGCUUCUGCAAUAUUACCGUAUCCUACACCCACCCCGAUCAAAGUGAUGUUGUGAGUGUAGAAGCAUGGCUACCGAUAGAUAAUUGGAAUGGGCGUCUGCAAGUUGCCGGGGGCAGUGGACUUGGUCCAGGCCGGGUUGACAUGAGCUAUGGCAACAUGGCAGGGGCCGUUGGUGAAGGGUAUGCUACGGCCAGUACGGAUGCCGGCAUUGCCACCCCUUUAGAUCCGUAUUCGUGGGUAUUGGAUAGUCCUGGUAAGAUCGACGAAGUCUUAGUCCGGCAUUGGGGUGGUGACAUCCUGAAUGAUAUGGCAGUCAUCGCGAAAAGUGUCAUACAAGACUUCUAUGGAAGACCACCAGACUAUUCCUAUUUCAACGGCUGUUCUCAGGGUGGUCGUCAGGGCUUCGAGUUGGCCCAGAAUCAUCCUGAUGCAUAUGAUGGAAUCGCAGCCUCUGCCCCAGCUAUUCACUGGGCUCAAUGGGCCCCUGCUAUGUUCUGGCCACAGAUGUUGAUGAACACCAUGAAUGAAUAUCCCCAUGGCUGUGAGUUGGAUUUCCUUACAACUCUGGCGGUGCAGGAAUGUGAUGGAGAUGACGGGAUAGUUGAUGGUAUCAUAUCUAGUCCCAAAAGGUGUUCAUUCAAUCCUUUUCCACAUGUCGGGGUUAACUUCACCUGCUUUCUUGAGGGUAGGUCCAUGGAAUUGAGCAGAGCCGCAGCCGUCAUUGCGAAUGCUAGUUGGACUGGUCCGACCGAUUCUGAUGGCAACUUUAUCUGGUAUGGGCUGAGUUAUGGCACUGACCUUAGUGGUGAUUUUACGGGUACGGGGAUUGCAGCCAUAACAUGUACGAAUAGUACGUGUAAGGGCAAUCCAGUACCACUCGCGUACCAAUGGAUCCAACUCUUUGUUGAGAAGAACCCAGACUAUGAUUAUACGACUAUUACUCGAGAGCGCUACGAUGAAAUAAUGCGUGUCUCGGGGGCAGAAUACGAUUCUAUAGUCGCAAGCGGCAACCCAAAUCUCACUGAAUUCUAUAGAGUCGGUGGGAAAAUGAUGACAUAUCAUGGACUGUACGAUCAGGUCAUACCAAUACAAGCUACAGAGCAAUACUACGAUGACAUUAGGAAAUUUGUGCCCGACGUCCAAGAGUUCUACCGGUUUUAUGAAGUGCCUGGACUUUCGCACUGCUUUGGAAAUGGACAGCCAACGACUGUUUUCGAUGCCCUACGAGCCUGGGUAGAGAAUGGAACAGUGCCCAGCUCUCUACCCAUAGUCUUAACCGAUGUCCAUGGAGAGAAAAAUAACAGAAUCAUUUGCCCUUAUCCCGAAACAGGUGUUUAUAUCGAGGGAUGCGGUAAUCCAGCGGACGUUGCCUGCUUCACUUGCGCUGCUGAUUAAUUCGAGCAAGUCUAUUAUGAUAACGACGACAUUUUGAUAUUUGAAAAUAUACCCCACCAAUUUCAAUAAAGGGGCAAUAUCUCGAUCCUAUCUCAUCCAUCCUAUAUUUUCGGAUCAUUACACGUUUAUAUGUAUGAUAUCAGAGCAUAAUUUUCCAUAUCUCUAAAUUCCAAUUAUAGUAGUGAAUGAAUUUUAAGAGCGAGGGCAAGUGAGUCAACUCCAUUAACGAUUAUGCGACAUUGGGUCACAUCAAUAACUUGUUCAAUUAUUUCCUAGUGUGCGGCCUUCUCCGACCUGAUUCACCGUGAGCAAACACAGAAAAUAUAUCUAGGCAGGGAUAUGACUUACGCGAAGGGUUCCCUCAUGAGAGACGCCAUUUGACCAAAAUCCAUCAAUGGAUGGCACUGUCUGGGCCAUACUAUCAUGGGUUAUGAGUAACCAGAACCCAAAUACACCCUUUGCAAGGACAUCUAAGACAGCGUAUGCGAUAAUUUCGCCGUCAACAUUUACACGGCGACCUCCAUC